AUGUCCCCUGAAAUCCAACUGGCAGAAUCACAAUGGCUCUCACAACUGGCGGUUAUGAGGCAAGCUAUGGCGGAUUUAAAGCUCCCAAAAUCCGAAGACUCAAUACUGUAUGAGAAUAAUCUUUUCUUUGACGAAGAUGAUAUUGCCUCAGCUCCUGAAUCAGUUGAGGAUCUAUGGGACAUGAUCAGUGAGGAUGAGGAUACAAGUAAUGAUUCAUAUGCGAUGGUAGAUGACAAAGCGAAUGGACAAGAAAUUUCUGAACCAAAGGGAAUUUACAACCAGCAAUGGCUUUUCCAUAAAUGUCAGUCUAUUGCGGAACAGAAUUCUAGUUUAAAUGCCUCCGAACUGCAGCAACAACUUCUCUCAGUGUUAGGUGCAAGUGCCCCACCCGAUGAAUUACAGAUAUCCUUGACGGAAAUUGUAGGAUUCGAUGAUUUGGAUUUUGUGAUUGACCUUAUUGCCCACCGAGAUGAAUUGACAUCAAUGAAAGAUUCAGAAGGCAGCGAUAUAUUUAGUCGAUUACAAACAAAAGGACAGCGGGAAGAAGCUUUACGACAACAAGAUUACGAACACAAACACGCAAAAUUGGCACAAAAGCAGAACCGCGAAGGUCCUAUCUACCCACAUGUGUACAAGGCGUACCAAGCAGGAAAUACCCUCUCAGUCAAUGGAAUAAAGUACGGCCUUCCUGUUGGUAGCACCCACGUUGAAGAACCGAGAUAUACGGAAUACACCAUUCCAGCCACCAAGGUCGGAACCCUGGGUGCAGACCAGAAAUUAGUUGCCAUUUCAAGCAUGGAUGGACUCUGCAAGGGUACCUUCAAAGGAUACAAGUCACUGAAUCGAAUGCAGAGCUUGCUCUACCCCGUUGCAUACGGAACAAACGAAAAUAUGCUGAUAUGUGCACCAACUGGUGCUGGUAAAACCGAUGCUGCGGUGCUGACAAUUCUGAAUGUGAUUGCCCAAAAUACCAUUCCGAACUCCCUUGAAAACUAUGAUGCCACCGAGUUCGCCGUUAUGACAGACGAAUUUAAAAUUGUCUAUGUUGCCCCCAUGAAGGCCCUAGCUGCAGAAGUUACGGAAAAGUUAGGAAAACGCCUUGCUUGGCUGGGAAUCCAAGUCCGCGAGCUGACAGGAGAUAUGCAGCUGACGAAAAAAGAGAUUGUGCAGACCCAGAUCAUUGUUACCACACCUGAGAAGUGGGAUGUUGUAACCCGCAAGGGAACUGGGAAUACGGAACUUGUCCAGAAAGUUCGUCUGUUAAUCAUUGACGAGGUCCAUAUGUUACACGACGAACGUGGAGCUGUGAUCGAGUCUCUCGUUGCAAGAACGCAGCGGCAAGUAGAGAGUACGCAGUCACUCAUUCGUAUAGUUGGCUUAUCGGCUACCCUGCCGAACUAUAUCGAUGUUGCAGACUUUCUCAAAGUCAACCGAAUGGCGGGCUUAUUCUACUUUGAUGCCUCCUUCCGUCCUGUCCCUCUUGAACAACAUUUUAUUGGUGUAAAAGGAGAUGCCGGGACCAAAAAGUCUAGAGAAAAUCUCGAUAUCGUCUGUUUUGAGAAAGUUCGAGAGAUGCUUGAACGGGGUCAUCAAGUCAUGGUCUUUGUUCAUUCCCGGAAAGAAACUCUCAAUGCCGCACGACUUCUACGUCGGAUGGCGGUUGACAACCAGUGCGCAGACCUCUUUAGCCCUGUGGAACAUGAAAAUUAUUCGCAGGCCUUGCGAGAUAUCAAAACAAGUCGUGGUCGGGAGAUUCGAGAGCUUGUUCCAUACGGCUUAGGAACCCAUCAUGCAGGAAUGGCUAGGUCUGAUCGCAACCUCAUGGAGCGUCUCUUUUCCGAAGGGGUGCUAAAAGUUCUUUGUUGUACAGCAACUCUCGCUUGGGGUGUCAAUCUUCCUGCUGCUGCAGUCAUUAUCAAGGGAACUCAACUGUACAGUGCUCAAGAAGGAAAAUUCAUUGACCUUGGUAUUUUAGAUGUCCUACAAAUUUUCGGUCGAGCUGGUCGUCCACAGUUUCAGGACACAGGCAUAGGCUUUCUUUGCACAUCGCACAAUAAAUUGCAACAUUACCUAUCCGCCGUAACUUCUCAAGAACCCAUUGAAUCUCGAUUCUCGCGCAAACUAGUUGAUAACCUAAACGCGGAAAUCGCUCUUGGAACAGUAACUUCUGUUCCCGAGGCAGUUCAAUGGCUUGGAUACUCAUACCUCUUUGUACGCAUGCGACGGAAUCCCCACAGUUAUGGUAUUGACUGGGCAGAAAUUCGAGACGAUCCCCAGCUCGUCCUCAGAAGACGAGAUCUGAUUAUCAAUGCUGCACGAACGUUGCAGCAAAGCCAGAUGAUCAUAUUUAACGAACUGACCGAAGAACUACGCGCGAAAGAUGUUGGAAGAAUUGCAAGUCAGUAUUACGUCUUGCAAACAAGUGUGGAAAUAUUCAACUCCAUGAUGAAUCCUAUGGCCAAUGACGCAGAUGUCAUGAAAAUGAUCAGCAUGAGUGGAGAAUUUGACAAUAUCCAGUCUCGUGAAAACGAAUUCAAAGAGCUUGACAGACUUCGUCUGGAGGCAAUUAAAACCGAAGUCGAAGGAAGCAAUGAUAACGCCCACGCGAAGACGAAUAUCUUGCUGCAAUCUUACAUUUCUAGGGCUAGGAUUGAAGACUUCGCUCUCGUUUCCGAUUCAGCGUAUGUGGCUCAAAACGCUGCACGCAUCUGUCGCGCCCUGUUCAUGGUUGCGCUGAACAGGCGUUGGGGAUACCAAUGCCAAGUCUUAUUGUCUACGUGCAAAUCGAUUGAGAAGCAAAUCUGGCCGUUCCAGCAUCCCUUCCACCAAUUCGACCUUCCUCAACCAGUUCUGAAGAACUUGGAUGAAAAGUUCCCAUCGUCAUCUAUCGAAUCAUUAAGGGAUAUGGAACCUGCUGAAAUCGGCCAACUCGUCCACAACAACCGCAUGGGCAACACUAUUUCGAAACUCCUAGAUAAUUUUCCAACACUGGCUGUGGAAGCCGAAAUUGCGCCUCUCAAUCGUGAUGUUCUUCGCAUCCAUCUUUAUCUGUAUCCUGAGUUCCGCUGGAAUGAUAGACAUCACGGGACAUCGGAGUCAUACUGGAUAUGGGUCGAAAACUCGGAGACAUCGGAAAUCUAUCAUCAUGAGUAUUUCAUUUUGAGCCGCAAGAAACUCAACGAUGAUCACGAGUUGAAUUUCACAAUUCCUCUGUCCGAUCCUCUACCUAGUCAGAUAUAUGUCCGUGCAAUUUCUGAUCGCUGGCUCGGAGCAGAAACAGUGACUCCCGUUUCAUUUCAGCAUCUAAUCCGUCCAGAUACGGAAAGUGUAUAUACCGAUUUAUUAAAUCUGCAACCCCUUCCAAUUUCCGCACUAAAGAAUCCGAUUCUAGAAGAAAUAUAUGGACAAAGGUUUCAAUUCUUCAACCCCAUGCAGACGCAGAUAUUCCACACCCUCUAUCACACUCCCACUAAUGUUCUCUUGGGUUCCCCCACGGGGAGUGGCAAAACGGUCGCAGCAGAACUCGCAAUGUGGUGGGCAUUUCGCGAAAGACCAGGUUCUAAGGUUGUUUACAUUGCACCCAUGAAGGCGCUUGUUAGAGAACGAGUGCACGACUGGAAGCGUCGCUUAACUGUUCCUAUGGGUCUAAAAUUGGUAGAAUUGACUGGAGACAACACUCCAGACACGAGAACAAUCAGGGACGCUGACAUUAUUAUCACCACCCCCGAAAAAUGGGACGGUAUUUCCCGAAGUUGGCAAACAAGAGGCUAUGUUCGUCAAGUUAGCUUAGUGAUUAUUGACGAAAUCCACCUUCUUGGUAGUAACAGAGGACCCAUUUUGGAAAUCAUUGUUUCCAGAAUGAAUUACAUAGCUUCCCAAUCUAAAGGCGCCGUUCGCCUCCUUGGCAUGUCCACGGCAUGUGCGAAUGCAACUGAUCUUGGAAACUGGUUGGGAGUUAAAGAAGGGCUUUUCAACUUCCGCCACUCUGUACGACCUGUUCCGUUAGAGAUAUACAUCGACGGCUUUCCAGAACAACGUGGCUUCUGUCCACUGAUGCAGUCGAUGAAUCGGCCUACCUUCUUAGCUAUCAAAAAUCACUCCCCGGACAAACCCGUGAUUGUCUUCGUGGCAUCUCGAAGGCAAACACGUCUUACAGCAAAGGACCUGAUCAACUUCUGUGGCAUGGAAGAUAACCCACGGCGGUUCCUUCAUAUGCCCGAAGAAGACUUACAGCUAAAUCUUUCUCGAGUCAAGGAUGAGGCGCUUAAAGAGGCUCUCGGUUUCGGAAUCGCCCUCCACCAUGCCGGCCUUGUUGAAUCGGACAGGCAGCUAUCAGAGGAGCUCUUCGCGAAUAACAAAAUUCAGAUUCUCGUUGCAACCAGUACUCUCGCAUGGGGUGUCAACCUUCCCGCUCAUCUAGUGGUCGUGAAAGGGACACAGUUUUUCGAUGCAAAGAUUGAAGGGUACAAAGAUAUGGACCUUACAGAUGUUCUGCAAAUGUUGGGACGCGCUGGGAGGCCACAGUUUGACACGUCAGGUAUCGCGCGUAUAUUUACACAGGGUUCUAAAAAGGCGUUUUACAAGCACUUCCUCCACACAGGCUUCCCUGUGGAGUCCACACUCCACAAAGUCCUCCAUGACCAUUUGGCCGCCGAGGUUUCUGCAGGUACCAUUACAACAAAGCAGGAUGCCCUGGACUACCUGACCUGGACGUUCUUUUUCCGUCGUCUGCAUAAGAACCCUUCUUACUACGGGCUUGUAAUAUCCGCUGAAGAACACAACACCAUGACAGCACAACAAAUCGCAUCAGAUUUCAUAGUCGAAUUGGUAGAUCAAUGCUUAACCGAACUUGCAGAAUCCUCCUGCGUUCUAUUUGACUCGUCAACAGGCUUUGUUGACCCAACCCCGUUCGGGAAGAUAAUGAGUUAUUACUAUCUUUCGCAUAAAACAGUUCGUUUCGUCAUGUCCCGCGCAAAACCGAAUCCCACCUUUAGCGACGUACUCAGCUGGAUGUGUUGCGCCACGGAAUUCGACGAGCUCCCUGUCCGCCACAAUGAAGACCUGAUCAACGCUGAGCUGGCACAAAAUCUCCCUCUUCCAAUUACAGCCAUGGGGACAUCUCAACCCCUGUGGGAUCCGCACAUCAAAGCCUUUUUACUCCUCCAGGCCUUCAUGUCUCGCAUCGACCUUCCCAUAACUGAUUACGUUGGCGACCAAAUCUCCGUUCUAGACCAAGGCAUCCGAAUCAUCCAAGCAUGUAUCGACAUUUUAGCAGAACUGGGCUACCCCAACGCUUGCACAAUGAUGAUGACCCUCUUACAAUGCAUAAAGUCUGCCCGCUGGCCAGACGACCAUCCCCUCUCUAUUCUCCCUGGCAUUGCCCCGGCCGCAAACGAGUCACCAAAUCCAACGCAACUUCCAGCAUCCCUUCCAUCCCUUCUCGCCCUUCCCCAAUCAACUCUCACAUCCCUCCCCCAUACACUCAACCUAUCCACACAGCUAUCCUCUCAGUUUUAUCAAGCUCUCUUUCUCCUUCCUGUUGUCUCAAUAUCUAUAUUAGAUCCAUCACCCGCAGGUUUGACGGUCUCUCUAACCCGGAAGCAUCCCCUGCCUUCGCACCCGCGGCGAAGAACUACGACUCAAGGUGACGAUCAGUCAUUCCGCGUUUACGCGCCACAUUUCCCCAAACCGCAGACGGAGAGCUGGUUCGUGCUUGUUACUUCAAACCCUCGUGCGACUGGGGUUGAUAGCGGAGGAGUGAGAGAAAAUAUCCUGGCGCUCAAACGUGUAUCCUGGUCUUCUUCCAGUAGCACCUCCAGGCCUGGAGACAGGGGGAAUGUCGUUGCCAGAGCUAAGAUAAGAUUUCCUGAGGGAUGGAAUAAUGAUGACAGUCAUGAGCUUGAAGUAGGUGCUGAUGAGAAGGGCAAAAGCAAGACCAAGCACAAAGACCAUGAGGAUGCCGGGGAAAAAUUGAAUGUGACCGUGAGGGUGAUUAGUGAUGCUUACAUUGGCAUGGAAUGGAGUGUGGUAUGCUAG